CUUCGGCUUAAACCGAUUUCGGCAAGGCGGCGGCCAUAAGCCACAAGGUGAUGAGCACUCGACGCGGCGACAUGGCAUGGAAUAAACCCGGACGACCCCAGCUGAUGCUGCUGCUGCCACUGCUACUUCUGGUUCAGCUGGCAUCUGUGCUGGGUUUUGGCAACGAGUAUGUCCACAUCAAGGUGCACGUGCCCAAGGAGGAGGCGGCGGUGGAGCCGGACCUGGGCUCUCACAAGGUAAUCCACCAUUACCACCACCAUCCGCAUCCCCAUCAGCUACUGCGGACGCGCCCCAGGCCCCGACCCAAGCCCAGUCCCCUGCUGGAGAGCGUUAUCCUCUCGGACCUGGACAAGCCGCUGCACAUGAGCGAGCAUGCGGAUUAUUUGAACCACGCCAAAGAACUGGCGGACCAUCUCACCGAGACAUAUGCCAAGAAGGCACCGCCUCCGGCCCCGGCGCCGCCCAAGAAGAAGGUGAAUACGUAUACCAUCAUUGAGGAGCAGCACAGGCCGCACGGCUACGACUACGAGGAUCAUCCGGAGCACAGUGUGGAGACCUAUCGGGUGAUUGAGUCGCGUCCCAAGCAGCACCAGCAGCAGCAGCAGCAUCAUCACCACCACACCGACGAGGAGGACGAGGAUGUGGGCUAUCACUAUCCAGUGGCAAAGCCACAUCACCAUGGAUCCCUUCACGGAAUCGGCGCCUAUGCGGAACCGGCGCCCGUCGAGGAGCCUGUCGAGCAGGAGCCAGAUCACGGCUACCACUACUCGCCGCCCAGUCACGCCUACAUUCCGCCCAACCAUAGCCACGCCCACCGCAGCUCCAAGGCGAACCGAGCUCCAGCCUAUACCCUGGAAGCGCCCGAGGAAGCCGCCUCGUUUGGUUACGACUAUUCCAGACCGGCAACCGCGGGUGGCAGCAGCAGCAGCGACUUCCGCCCCUCCGUCCAGGUUCCUAGCAGCGAUCCGUAUGGCGAUGAGGAGCAGCCGUUGGACACGUACGGAGCGCCGCCGCCGCCAUCUCUCGCCACGCGACGUCGCCGACCAUCUCUUGUGGACUGGCCAGAGUCCACGGGAUUCGGCAGCAGUGCGACAGCGGAUACCUACAGCGGAGUGGAUAGCUACAAUGUGGGCCAUGUCCAGGGCUACGGAUCCAGUGGGUAUCAGUACCACGGGCCCUAUCUGUAGGUGGUGUGCGCCACCUCUCCUAAUCUAAGAUCUAUUUAUUUCUUUUUUUUUUUGUACUUUAGCUCUGUAAGUUGAUCCAAUCAGUCCCAAGACCGAAUAGUAUAAAUAAAUAGCAGU